CAAACUUUAGAUGCGAGGGCUUCAUGGUGGCAGUAGAUUCCAUUCAAGGCAUUUAACACCGCCGUCGAGAUGGGAGACAACAUGUCAAAGCGUCUGAAGCUCAUUUCAGUGACCGAAGCGGAGAUGGAGGAGCGCUCCUUUACCAACCCGUACGCCGACUGGGACCAAGGCGGUCCCACGUCCAACUCUGGAGCAGAAGUGGAUUACAAUAACCCGUUUGACGAAGAAGGAAAGGUGAGCUCAGCAUUCCAAAGGAAGGUUCAAAGUAAGAUGAAAGAUCUGCUACAGCAGAUGGAAGAGGGCCUGAAGACUGCUGACCCCCACGACUUCUCUACUUACACUGGCUGGACAGGGAUUGCUUUAUUGUACGUGCAGCUGUAUCGCGGGUCCAAUGAAGUGGCACACCUGCAAAGGGCGCUGGACUACGUGAAGAGAUCAAUGAGGAUUCUGAAUGGCCGAAAAGUGACUUUCUUGUGUGGGGACGCCGGUCCACUGGCUGUGGGCGCAGUUGUCCACCAUAAGCUGGGCAACACAGCUGACAGCAACGACUGCCUUUCUAGGCUCCUGCAGCUGCAGCGAUCGGUGCUCAGUCCAGAUUCCGAGAUGCCGGACGAGCUGCUCUACGGGAGAGCCGGCUACCUGUAUGCUCUGCUGUACGUUAACAAAGAAAUCGGAGGGGACGCUGCGGAUGAAGCCACAGUUACAAAAGUAGCGACGGCCAUUAUAAAUUCUGGGAAGAAUCUGUCAGCAGAGCUUAAGAAGACGGACCGCUGCCCUCUGCUCUACGAGUGGCACAAGAAGCAGUACGUUGGCGCCGCCCAUGGCCUGGCUGGAAUCUUUUACUUGCUCAUGCAGCCGGGGGCAAGGGUCCAUCCAGACGUGCUGUCCGAGCUGGUUCGGCCCAGUAUCGACUACAUCCGCCACAAGAAAUUUCGUUCCGGUAACUUCCCGUCGUCGCUGACGAACGAAAGCGACCGACUGGUUCAUUGGUGCCACGGCGCGCCCGGCGUCGUCCACAUGCUCAUCAUGGCUUAUAAGGUGUUUAAAGAGGAGAAGUACCUGAAGGAAGCGGUCGAAUGCGGCGAGGUGAUCUGGCAGAGGGGUCUCCUCAGAAAGGGCUACGGCAUCUGCCACGGAACCGCCGGCAACGGCUACGCCUUCCUCUCCCUGUACAAGCUCACCCAGGAGAAGAAGUACUUAUACCGUGCCUGCAAGUUUGCCGAGUGGUGUUUGGACUACGGGACGCACGGCUGCCGCAUCCCCGAUAGACCCUACUCGCUUUUUGAAGGUAUGGCCGGGACCAUCCACUACCUGUCCGAAAUGGCCGCGCCCGAAGCGUCCCGUUUCCCUGCCUUUGAACAUUGAGCUGCUGCGGCGAAGAAGGGAAGAAACUUUCAUGCAGAUAUCAUCUUAUUUGCUUUCUGUAAUUUUAAAACGCCCCAAAGUAUUCGGAGCCUAUUUUUGGACCAAACUACAGAUAUGAAAAGCUGUUUCCAGUAUUUGGCCUCACAAGUAGAACAAUGCGGUGCACUCGUAGAAAUGUAUUACUCGUGAUAUUUUUUCCACUACUAGUGCAACUGGGAAACCUUCCUCGUAAACUACUGUGCUGCACUAGUUACACUACUAGGCCCAACUAUUAGGCAACCGCUAGUAGCCUACCUUGCCCUACAAGUGCACCAUUGUUGUUGUACUAGUACAAGAAAUGUCAUAUCUUGGUCAAAAUCAGAAGUAAAAAAAAUAUGGUGCGAUGUAGUCGUUCUACUAGUGCAGCUCAAUUGUUCUUCUAGUGUGCUAAAUUACCUUACUAGUGCAUGCGCCUGAAGCUGAAUAUCAAAGUUAUGGAAUUAAUGAUCACUUAUACAUCACUGUCACACACCCUUUAAAAAAUAGGGCCAAGAAACCUGUUUUAUGUAAUGUACAGGAUAAUGUUUGUAUUCACUUGCAUGCUCAAGUGGUUCUUUCAUGUCCUGUCAGUGAUGUUUUUUUUUUUUUUUCGUGUUUUCCAAGUUUUUUUUUCCCGUGUGUCAAAUCGGUGGAUGUUUUUGUGUUUAGUAAAAAGGAAAAACACACUCAUGCAUGUUUGAAGAUAACCCCAAAAUUAAAUAAUUAGCUGCCAAAAUGGUAGCAAAAUUGCACAAAUUGAGAAUCACAUUUAUAUACAUUGCGAUGUUAAUUAUCCAAAUUCCAAAGCAGUGUUUAUCCAACUUUUGACACCAGAUAAAAAAAAGUAUUUGGGUAUGCAAGUACACUAUAAUGGCCAUGAUUCAAUUAGACUGUACUGAUCAUGAGUUAGAUACAAAUGUUACCAAAAAUAAAUGGGGGUGGGGGGGGGGGGCUUGUAUGUACUGCUGCUAACACAAUAGUCGUUGAUCUCGACAGCAUUUGAAUGCACAUGAAUGCCUAAUUUUCAUAUUGUCCAAAAUGUCUUGUCCCUCACAGUUUUUGUCCCAAAUGUCUUAGUGUCCAGUUUGUGCACUCGGUGUGUGUUCUGAUUUGAUUAUAUUGUAUGAAUUUGGGUGAAAAGAACAUGUACCACUUGUUUUGAAGUGUAUUUUACAAAAAAAAAAAAAAAACACUGGCUCAGGUGUGCUUACUGUGGUUUAUAAUUUUUUUUUUUUUUUUUUUUGCAGUUUCAAAAGAACAAAUUAUGGACUUAAAUCACUGCCCUAUGGUACACCCAACUGAGGUGGUCUUUGUAUGGACUAGACUAAAAAGAGGAAAGGAUUCCAGGAUUAGAUUUUUUUUUCCACACAUUGUAAACGGAGGUCACAAAUGUGAGCUAAAAAAAAGUAUUUGCUAAAUUAAUGAAGCAUACUAUCCGACUAACAGUAUUUAGUAUAUUUAAAAAAUAUGGACUAAAGCCAUCAUGGUGGUAGCUGAGGUCAAGUCAAAUAUCAGUACAUUAUUCUUGGCUAAUGUUUUUGUAGUUAUUGUUAUAAGUCAACCCCUGCAUUGAAAAGAAACUGCAUUGACAAAUAUUAUCUCACUUUUUAUUACAUGGCGCGUUCCAAUGGCGUUAUACAUUGUGCAGUUGAGAGGCGGAGGGAAGAUGGUGGCAGCGGAUCCAACUUGACCCACUUUGGAUGAUGAAGAAAAUAAGUGAAUGCAGAAGAAUGUGUGCAUGUGGAUCUAGAUUUGAACUGCUGUGCCUGUUUUUGUUUUGUUUUUUUUAAGUCUUCUUUUUUUUUUUUCCCCAGGAUAACGCAGUGCCACUCCUCUCACAAAACGGUUGAGGUUCAAACAAACGGUGCACUUCCUCAUUUUUCUCCUCAAACGUUACUUCUUGUCGCCGUUGUGGAAAAUUUGUUCAUAGGACGGCGGCGGGUGGUUGCAGUAAGAUGGCGGCGGAGGGUAGGGGGCCAGCAUCAUGUGG